CUUUGCUUUGUAGAAUUCAAUUCAAUUCAAUUCAAUUCAAUUCAUCAGUAGUUGAGGAGAAGCGCCGGAGAAGAUGAAGCUGAAGCAAUUAGAAGGCUUGUUGGGUGAUCUUCAACAGUUCUCUAACCCUAAAGUAGACUUGGAGCAGUACCCAACAGGUCCUCACAUUGCUUCUCGCAUGCUCUUCACUGCAGAGAAUUCAUAUGGAGACAUAACUGAUAAAGUCGUUGCUGAUUUUGGUUGUGGCUGUGGUACUCUUAGUGCUGCUGCUGCUCUUCUAGAUGCUGCUUGUGUGAUUGGAUUCGAUAUCGACCCACAAUCUCUUGAAACAGCAACACUUAAUGCAGAGGAGCUUGAGGUGGAGAUAGAUUUUGUUCAGUGUGACAUUACAAAGCUAGAGUUAAAAGGCCGGGUUGUGGAUACUGUUGUGAUGAAUCCUCCCUUUGGUACACGGAAGAAAGGAGCUGACAUGGAGUUUCUCUCUGCGGCUUUGAAGGUCUCCUCUCGAGCUGUUUACUCUUUGCAUAAGACAUCUACUAGAGAACACAUUAAAAGGGCUGCGUUGCGUGAUUUUAAUGCGAAAAGUGCUGAAGUUAUAUGUGAGCUCCGGUAUGACUUGCCGAAACUCUACAAGUUCCACAAGCGAAAAGAAGUUGACAUUGCUGUUGAUCUCUGGCGUUUUGAGCCUAAACAGAACUAGACCGCCAUGAUUAUGUAUUGUUUUAGCUUUGAGUUUUAAAAAAAACACUGAUUAUAUGUGGAAGGAUUUUAUGAUAUGAACUUACAACUAAGAGAACUUAAAGCUAUUGUAGCAGCUGAGCUUGUUAUAAUCCUAAGCAGUUAAAUUUA